AUGCCCUUCCUCUCCGCCAAUGCCCUCGGCGAUUUACUCACCUCCGCCGUGUCAGCUCACUCCUCAAUCCGACUCGGCCGAGCUAUCCACGCCAAAAUCUUUAGAACCUUAUACCAAAACCAGCUUCCUUCAUUUCUUGUUAACCACCUCAUCAACAUGUACUCCAAACUCGACCGGCUCGACUCAGCCCAACACGUCCUCUCGCUCACUCCCCCGGCCUUUCGCUCCGUCGUCACCUGGACAUCCCUAAUCUCCGGCUCCGUCCAAAAUGGUCAUUUCACAUCUGCCCUGUCACAGUUCUCUUCAAUGCGCUGCGUUGACAAUAUCCUCCCUAAUGACUUCACUUUCCCCUGCCUCUUCAAAGCCUCUACUGCCCUCAACUCCCCUUUCCUCGGACAACAGUUUCAUGCUUUAGCAGUGAAACUAAAAUUGACCUCCGACGUUUAUGUCGGAUGCAGCGCUUUUGACAUGUAUUACAAAGCUGGCUUAAACGACGAUGCAUGUAAAAUGUUUGAUAAAAUGCCUCACAGAAAUAUCGCAAUGUGGAAUGCUUAUAUUUGCAAUGCAGUGGUUAAUGGCAAGCCUAAAGAUGCUGUCAUUAAAUUUGUUGAGCUAUUAUAUGUAGGAGUGGAGGGUCUGAGAGAGGAUGGUCCAAAUUCGAUUACUUUUUGUGCUGUGUUAAAUGCUUGCGCAGACUCUUUGAAUUUAAAGCUAGGACAACAAUUACAUGGUUAUGUUAUUCGAUAUGGUUGUGAAGGGGAUGUGGCGGUAUCAAAUGGGUUGAUAGAUUUUUAUGGGAAAUGUAAGGAAGUGAAGUUUUCCGAGAUGGUUUUUGAUGGGAUGAUGGAUAGGAAUGUUGUGUCUUGGUGUAGCAUGGUGGCUGUGUAUGAGCAGAAUUAUAUGGGGGAGAAGGCUUGUGAAACAUUUGUGGAAGCGAGGAGAGGGAAUUUUGAACCAACAGAUUUCUUGUUAUCAAGUGUGCUUAGUGCUUGUGCGGGGCUGGCAGACCUUGAAUUUGGCAGGGCUGUACAUGGGAUUGCAGUGAAGGCAUGUAUUGAAAGGGACGUUUUUGUUGGGAGUGCUUUAGUAGACAUGUAUGGGAAGUGUGGAAGUGUAGAUGAUUGCGAGCAAGCAUUUUAUGAGAUGCCAGACAGGAAUUUGAUCACCUGGAAUGCGUUGAUUGGUGGGUAUGCUCAUCAAGGACGUGCUGAUAUGGCAUUGGAAUUGUUUGAGGAGAUGACUAGUGGAAGUUCUGUGGUGAUGCCUAAUUAUGUGACGUUCGUGUGUGUGUUGACAGCAUGUAGUAGGGGUGGAAUGGUGAACAAAGGGAUGGAUAUCUUUGAAUCAAUGAGAUGGAAAUAUGGCAUCGAACCAGGGGCUGAGCACUAUGCUUGCGUUGUGGACAUGUUGGGACGUGCUGGGUUUGUUGAGCGUGCGUAUGAGUAUAUAAAGAGCAUGCCUAUUCGUCCGACAAUUUCAGUCUGGGGUGCUCUUUUAGGGGCUUGCAAAGUGUACAAAAAGCCAGAACUGGGGAAAAUUGCGGCUGAAAAUUUAUUUGAACUUGAUCCUAUGGACUCUGGCAAUCACGUAAUCCUUUCAAAUAUGUUUGCAGCUGCUGGCAGGUGGGAAGAGGCCAACCAUGUAAGGGAAGAGAUGAAGGAUGUGGGGAUCAAGAAGGGUGUUGGAUAUAGCUGGAUGUCCAUUAAGAAUUCUCUCCAUGUAUUCCAAGCAAAGGAUACAUCUCAUGAGAGAAAUUUUGAGAUUCAGGCAAUGUUAGAUAAAUUAAAAAAAGAUAUGAAAGCUGCUGGUUAUGUUCCUGAUACGGAGGUUUCGCUUUAUGAUUUAGAAGAGGAAGAGAAAGAAUCGGAAGUAUGGUCUCACAGUGAAAAAAUUGCACUUGCAUUUGCCCUUAUUGCUCUCCCGCCUGGUGUCCCAAUAAGGAUAACGAAGAACCUAAGGGUCUGUGUUGAUUGCCACAGUGCGAUGAAAUUCUUCUCUGGGAUACUUGGCAGGGAAAUCAUUGUGAGGGACAACAGCCGGUUUCAUUGUUUCAAGGACAAUCAAUGCUCCUGCAGUGAUUAUUGGUGACCUUUUGGACUAUUUUUCAGUAAUUUCUAUUUGAAGGACGUUCCCACCAAAAACAUGCUUGCUGACUAUGAAGUAUUGAGGUUGGUGAUCAAAGAGAUUUUGCUUCUUUGAGCUAUAAAGGAUUUGAUUUGCAGAAUUUCGGAGUUGAACCUGAUUAAUGGGGUUUAUACCAUCAGAUGGAUUUCUUGGCAACAGCUUUGAGCCUACAGGAAUAUUUAUUGUAUGAGAGAUGGAAAUUGCUACAAAGAAUUCCAGCCUCUACUAUUUACAUCUAGGAGCAUGUUGAAGGUGCUAUUGGCGUUGAGGGAGAUACUCAUGUUCUUGCAUUUCAUAUGAUUAUGGAAGAAGUUUUUAGAGGCAAGCUGCUUGACUUCAACCAGCUCAGAUUUUAUACUCAUGCUUCAAGCAACCAGUUGAUGUUGCAAGGUACAGAUAUAUUUCAUAUACUUGGGCCAGAAAACUUCAAGGGAGGCUGUGAAUCAGGCAAAAGUUGAUGUUGCCGAGGGUAAGAUGAAGGGUGAGAUGGGAAAAAAUAAGCAAAGACAGGGACUGAACCUUAAAAAUGCUGCCAAAGUUGAUGCUGAAAGAGAGAUAAUGUGCAGGGGAUCUAGCAGUGAGCUAAGGGCAAUAUAAGCAAAGGAGUGUACGUCGGAGAGAGGUAAAGAAGAGAUAUUUUUCCCUCCCUCUAUUGUUGCUUCUUUCAGAUACACUUGAAUGGUGGAAUUGUAUUUUAGCUCCCGUGCAAACGACCCCCAUGGAUUUAUUAUUAAGAAGACCAUGUAAAACAACAAGAGAAGGUUUGACGUUUCUGCUAGAUUCGGAGAAGAGACUGCAGUUGAUCCUCCACUGAAGAGAACCUGGUCUCAUAUGAGGCCUUUCAUUUGCAUCAGAUUCUUGAAGUUAUUGUUAUCAAAUGAAUUGGGGGUGACCAAAUGAAAUGGUGCUAGAUUACAAUCAGCAUUUCCAACUGCUCUUGGGCACUGGAGCCUCUGGGUGCUUGCAAAGCCGGCAUCAAUUGAUGGAAAUUUAAUAUUGAUGGAGAAUGUUAUGCAAAUCUAAGAUGUUUCUU